UCCGUAUCUUGAGAGGCGCUCGGAUUCCGCGGUGCCGCUGACGUUACCGGGACAAGUUGACGCGACCGGGACAAGUUGACGUUACCGGGACACGUUGAGGUUACGGGGACAAGUUGGCGCUGCGUCGCCGCGGUGACCGGCCGGCCUGCGAUGAGAUUCUUUCCAGAGAUGUAGCCGCCGACGCGCUCCUCCGUUACUCGGAAGCCCCCGGAGUUUUUCUGCGUAAAGUUUUUUCUCCUCGGAUGGAGGACGUUUGGAGACAAAGCGGCAGCUGCGAGACGGUUUCUCUCCACUGUGUUGUGACAAUGGAGGCAGCCGGCUCUGAAUGACACAAUGUCUUGGGGCGAGUUCAUCGAGCUCCGUGACCUGAGGUCGGACAGAGAGCAGAUAGAGUUGAUCGAGAGCGCACAUUCGCCCUGCUCACCUCCACGCCUGGAGAGAGCCAACGCCCUGAGGAUCAGCCCGGGGAAGGUGCCAGACCUUCUGAGCCGGGCAGGGAUCAUCAGAGUCCUGAGCAGCACCCAGGACCCCCAGCUCCCCGAGGAGAAGGGCGAGGGACACGACUUCCAGCCCUGCAGCCACGCUCAGCCCACAUGGUGUGACCUGUGUGGAGACUUCAUCUGGGGCCUGUACAAGCAGAGCCUGCGGUGUGUCAAUUGUAGAUUCACGUGCCACUACCGCUGUCGGGCUCUGAUCCAGUUGGACUGCAGCUGGGACAGAGGCUCUGCGGCUGACCACACAUUUGUAGUGGAGCACACCAUAGAGACAGACACCAAUGUGGAUGAACACAUUAAAUGGGUAAAGCAAGAGUUGACAACUGUAGAUACUCAGCAGAAGGUGAAGGAAUACAACGCUCAAAUCAACAGCAAUCUGUUCAUGAACAUGAACAAGGAUGGCUCCUACACUGGCUUUAUAAAAGUGCAGUUCAAGUUGGCCCGUCCUGUGUCAGUUCCACCUCCGAAGAAAGGGGUUCAAGAUGCUGGACGGAGGAAGGCCAGCGGCGUUAAGCGUCGCACCUCUUUCUACCUGCCAAAGGAUGCAUCCAAGCAUCUGCAUAUCAGCUCACGCACUUCUGCUCGAGAGGUCAUCGAGGUUUUGUUGAAAAAGUUUACUGUGAUUGACAAUCCUGCCAAGUUUGCCCUGUUUGAGCGUAGCGAGCGUCAUGACCAAGUUUAUGUUCGCAAGGUGUCUGACGAUGAGAGUCCCUUGCGCCUUCGUCUGUGUUCUGGGCCCAAUGAGAAAGUCCUCAGCUUUGUUCUGAAAGAGAAUGAAACUGGAGAAGUCAAUUGGCAUGCCUUCUCCAUGCCCGAGUUGAAGAACUUCCAGCGCAUGCUGCAGCGUGAAGAGGAGGAGCACGUCAAGCAGAUAGUGCGGCGCUACGCUCUGGCCCGUACUAAGAUGCAGGAGGCUCUGGCUGGCUCGACCCCCGGCUGAGACGACUCCGCGCUCGGGCGGGUUAAACGUGCACGUCUUGGCUGGACAAUCUCCUGAAGAUGACCAGUCACCGCUGCAUCCGAAGAUCCCAGAUAAUACAACUCUAAACGCCUCUUGGGUGAACGAGAGAGUGAGACAGGGCGCAAGACGAUGAGAGAGAGAGAGCUAGCGCGAAUGUGCGUGUGAAAUGAUGCAAGAGAUGAGAAGUGCCGUACACCUGGAGAGUCUGAUGUGCCUGAGAGAUUGAGUUGAGAGAAACGACACUGGCAGAUGAGGCAGUGGUUUUAUCCAGUAAUGUACCUCAGCUGUGUCACUUUAACUUUGAAGAAAAUGUCAGGGAGUUAUUUGUUGCUGCAUUUUUUGGGUUUAAAAAUGUGAUUAAUAUACAUUUGUAGAUGCAGUGCUAAAGUUAAACCCCAUGUUGUAAUUGAGCUGAUAAUUACACAUCUGGAAGUAGAAUUGCUUUUUAUUUUUCCAGAUUACAAAUUUGGUAAAAUGUCCAAUCAUGACAUUAGUGCCAAAUUUGGAGGAACCUAAUCUGGUCUUUGAACAACCUAACCAUGAAAACCCAUAACUUCCACAUUGACAUUAUUUUAGCAUAUUAGAAAGUUAAAUACACAUUAUUGGCUGAAGAGUAUUUGGAUUUUCAUUUGACCGAGUCAAAAAUCUGCCGUGUCCUCUCGACACCCCUGAUGGGUGCAACUCUAUUUAUUAUUUUACGGUCAAAUUGUGAAUUUGACUGAUGUAUGGACAUUUGUAUGCAACUAUGAAUGUCAGAGAGUGCAGUGUCACUGGUUGACUGGAACCUUGGAUGAAUAUUGGUAUACAUGUGUUUCACUGAAAGCUGUUUGUCUUUCCUUCAUAUCUUUGUUUUUUUCUGUCCUUUUUUCAGAAAGUAUUUGUCUAUAGUUCUUCACUCCACUAUCAUUGUAUCCGGCUUUACACGUUUUACAUGUUGAAACUACAAUUCAAAAUGUGACAAAUAUGCACGUUAAGUAAAUAAUUCCCCAGUUCAAAUAA